CAAGUCCAUCCAAACCGGGAGAGAGAGAGGUUGUCCUGCGUUCACUCCAUCUUCCGGGAGUCCGUCUCCCUCACUACUAAAAUCGCGACAAAUAUCCUAGAGUCCAAACAGAUCUCAUCGCCCAUCGCUAGAGGGAAAAAAUUAAUUUUUUUAAUCUUGUUUCUCCCUCUGAAUUCCUAUCUCUGAAUCAACAAGAGAUUUGGUUCUCUCUGGUGCAAGAAUUUUUUUCAAACCAAACAGUCCAAUCAAUCGGGCAAUCCGGUGCAUAUAUACGCAGCCUCAUCCUUCUCCCCUACCCCCACCGGCUCCUUCCUCCCUGCGUGCGUCCCUCUGUUUCUUGCUUGCUCUGCUGCUGUCUCCAUUGCCGGGCGCGAGAAGAAGAGGGAGGGAUGGCGGAGGGGGUGGCGCGGGAGCUGCGGGCGAGCUUCGCGGCGGGGCGGACGCGGCCGGCGGAGUGGCGGGCGGCGCAGCUGCGGGCGCUCGUCAGGAUGAUCGAGGAGAAGGAGGCCGACAUCAGCGACGCGCUCCACGCCGACCUCGCCAAGACACACAUGGAGUCAUACCUCCACGAGAUAUCACUUGCGAAGUCCGCCUGCAAAUUUGCGCUCAAGGGGCUGAAGAACUGGGCGAAGCCUGAGAAGGUACCUUCUGCCAUAACUACAUUCCCAUCCACUGCGCAAAUCGUAUCGGAGCCCCUUGGCGUCGUGCUCAUCAUCUCGGCGUGGAACUACCCUUUCUUGCUCUCUAUCGACCCAGUCAUUGGAGCAAUCGCAGCUGGAAAUGCUGUUGUUCUGAAGCCUUCAGAAAUUGCUCCAACCACUUCAUCAUUGUUCGCAAAACUUCUACCUGAGUAUGUUGAUAACUCCUGUAUAAAAGUUGUGGAAGGAGGCGUUCUGGAAACAACUGUACUCUUGGAACAAAAAUGGGACAAGAUAUUUUACACAGGCAGUGGAACUGUAGGACGCAUAGUAAUGGCGGCAGCUGCAAAGCAUCUAACCCCGGUGGCUUUGGAGCUCGGUGGAAAAUGCCCUGUUAUUGUUGAUUCUGACAUUGAUCUUCAUGUUGCUGUUAAGAGGAUUGCUGUUGGUAAAUGGGGGUGUAACAAUGGCCAAGCAUGUAUUGCUCCAGAUUACAUCAUAACGACGAAGUCAUUCGCUCCAGAGCUGGUGGACUCUUUGAAACGAGUUCUGGAAAGGUUCUAUGGAAAGGAUCCUCUGCAAUCAGCAGACUUAUCUCGUAUUGUGAAUUCUAAUCAUUUCCACAGAUUGACAAAUUUGAUAGAAGAUAAGAAAGUUGCUGACAAGAUUGUCUACGGUGGAGAGACAGAUGAGAAGCAACUAAAAAUUGCUCCUACGGUAUUGUUAGAUGUUCCUCUUGAUACAGCCCUUAUGACUGGGGAAAUAUUCGGCCCCCUCCUCCCUAUCGUGACGGUUGAAAAGAUCGAAGAAAGCAUCGAUUUCAUCAACUCCAAGACUAAGCCGCUUGCAGCCUAUCUUUUCACCAAGAACAAGAAGCUGCAAGACGAGUUUGUGGCAAACGUCCCUGCAGGAGGAAUGCUUGUAAACGAUAUCGCGCUACAUCUCACCAACCCGCAUUUGCCGUUCGGCGGGGUCGGCGACAGUGGGAUGGGCUCCUACCACGGGAAAUUCAGCUUCGACUGCUUCAGCCACAAGAAGGCGGUCCUGAUCCGCGGCUUCGGCGGCGAAGCGACCGCCAGGUACCCGCCGUACACGCAGGAGAAGCAGAAGAUCCUGAGGGGCCUGAUCAACGGCAGCUUCAUCGCCCUGAUCCUUGCACUCCUUGGGUUCCCAAGGGAGAAGCGUUAGGCUCUUUGAGUUCAGUGCAGCCUUUGUUCAUGUUCAUCGGGUGCAGAGUAUACAUUCAUGCUGUCAAAUGCAAGACGUUUCCAGUGCGUGCCAUGCGUGUGUCACACCAGUGUAUGAUGCAUAUAUUACCGGAUUUUCGGAUGUGAGUUAUUGAAUUUGACGUAAGAAAGGACAUAUAUAACAGUGAUCCGUCAGUUAAUUCAGUGUGCAGAAUGGAAAGGACGUCUGUG